UUUUUUUUCUCUUUCUCUUUAGGCGAGCUUUCGAUAACUAGCUAGGUACCUAGUGUCAUCUGCACAUUUUCUGCUCUAUCUCCGCUUUCCUUUCUCGACUCCGGUUGUGCGCCGCAGAUGUGGUCCCCAUACGUCUGCGGACCCCUCCUGGAAUGCCGCCACCACUCCACAACAAAGGACGUCGGCGGCCGCAAACGGGGGCGGAUCCAUGACGAUUGAAUCGCACGGAUGGGGAAGAGGAGUAAUAUAUGGGGGGUUGGGUAUCAACUGAAAUUGACCCGUCAAUGAUUUUCAGGUCAUUUGCACAAUUUGUGGACUUUCCGGUCCAGAUUUUGCCCCUCUUGCAAGCGAGAUUUUUUUUUCUUCCGGUCAGCUGUGAAUACAUAAUAGGAAGUAUGUUUGUGAGCGCCUCUUCGGUCAUAAGGUCAAUUAUGCAGUAUAUCCGUGUAAAAAUAGCGAAACGCGGAACUAAGACCUUCUUCGAGGAAUAUCUAGGUAAAUAUCAAUUAUUAUUAUAUAUGCAAGGUACGACGGACCGGAAAAUUGUUCAAGGGCCUAUUCCCAAUAUUAUGCAUGACGAACGAAAUGUUGAGAAAUAUUUGUUGGAUUCACUACCACUAUCGCCUAUGUACUCUUGUCGUGUUAAAGCGAAGCGAAUACCACGACGCUCUCUAUCAGUUGAAAAUGAAUUUGAACUCCGGCUGCACUUGGUAUUCAGGAGUCAAAGAGAAACCAACUCCCACCUGCCCCUCUUGCUCCAAUGGCCACCUUUAUUCGUGAACGUAGAAUAAAACUGUCCUGUGUAGUGCGUAGCGUAUUAGAUAUAAGGCAAAGGCGAUGAAGCAGAACAAAACUCCCCCUCCCCUCCUCUCCCAAUAAAAAGCAACGCAAUAUGCAGAAUGCUAUUAAGGAUAAAAAUGCCGAUCAAUGCUUUGC